CCUUCGGGUAGCGCCGAUGGUGUUGCAUAGGGGAAACAUUCGCGACUUCUCUCCAUCGCGGCCAUAAUGGAUUUUGUCACUUGAACUUCCGGCCGUCAAAACGUGGAAGAAAAGAGGAGAAAACACAGUGAUUUGACGGGUGAAUUAUUUGCAAGUGAAUUUUGAGCGGAUUUUGGGAGUUUUAUCAGAGGAAAUCAGCAACAAGAAGAGUGUGCAGACAUGCCUCGAUGUCCCCGCAGUCGUGGAGAUGGUGGAAACGAGACACCGGCUCUGGGAGUAGACACGGUGCAAUUCUCCUCAGUGAUUGGGCCAUGCGAGAUUCCAGCAAUCAUCCAGAAGUUCGAUCCCGAUCAGAGUGACUGCAUUGCCACGGACAGCUGGUUAUACGAAGUGGAGGCAGCCAAGCUCAUGUAUGGCUGGGAUGAGAAGCGCAGUGUGCUGUACGCGUCCAUGCAACUCCGAGGACCUGCCCGGACGUGGUACGAUGCCGAGAAAACACGUCUUUCUUCGUGGAGUGUGUUUAAAAAGGAGAUAAAGGACAUGUUCCCGACCAAAGUGGAUGCCACAGAGAUCCACUACAAGUUGAACCGUCGCAAGAGAGCGCGCAAGGAGACGAUUAUCGCAUAUUUCCAUUCCAUGCUGGCACUUGCGCGCAAGAUUAAGUUGGAUGAUGACAGCCUCAUACGAUACAUCAUCAAGGGGUUGGAAUCUGAGGCCAGACGUGUGGUCUUAUCAACGCAGAAAUUCGCAACUCCUCAGGAGCUACUGCAUGCCUUGAUUGAGACGGAACCGACAGAUUAUUCCAUGGACAGUGGAAAACAUGGACGUGAUCGUUCGCCGAGAUCUCCCGGAAGCAAUCAGGUGAAGAAGGAAGGCAAGAGGACUCGGGCUUGCUAUGGAUGCAAGUCAAAGGAACAUCUGAUUGCUGAUUGUCCGGAAUUUAAGUGAGAAAUUGUAGGUGUUACACAGUUAGGAAUAAAGAUGAC